CGUGCGCACAUGCCGCGACAGCAACACAUGAAAUCCUUCGAGCCAGCCUCCAGCAGGCACAUCAGCAUGGCGCCCAGAAUUCUGGAGCGCAUGUACAAGCGCUCACCCAAUGCGCCGCCGUCGCGCCGCGUGCACGGCGGGUACAAUCUCGUGUACAUGACGCUGCGACACGUCGUGUUCGACCUGGUGCCCGAGUCCGCGGACUUCGUCACUGAUAUCCUAUGCGACAUGUACACUGAGCCAGAGCUGAUUCGGCUCUGCGAGGAGGCCCGCACCGGUCACAGCGGGGAGUUGAUGAGCGCCAUGCUUCAAGCGAGACGUCGCUGGACGCUGAUCUUGCGCGACAACCAGAUGGCCGAUGUUCGGGUGAUCAUCUUGCCGGCCAGAAUCAAUGUCACCCAUCGCGAUCGGACCAUGAAGUACCCGUUUGGUACGCAAGAUGGCCGAUUUACGGAGCUUAAAGAGAAGCUGGUGCGCGAGGUGAGUACUUCGAUCCGGCUUCUGAAGCCUGCAUGAUGGCUGACAACGAGCUUUUCAGGCUGCUGGAAUGCCAUACCACAGCAGUGGAGGUCGGGACCCCGUGACUGGCAACAUGA